GACCUUCAAAGUAAAGGUUGGCAGCAGUAUCGAUACGGCCUUCAUGAAUAUGGAAGCUAGGCUUGUUGCAGACGUCACAUCAUAUGUUGUGUGGUUGCGUGAUUAUUAUUGUUUAUCCUAGGGAAGAAUCGAGUUAACGAGACCUAUUUCCGGUGCGGUGUCGCGUUUAUAGCAGUCCGUGUCUGCCGGCAGCAGCAGCAGCAGCAGCAGCUGACCGUUAGCCGGGACAGAAACACCAACAUGGCGGAGAGCGACGUGCUGUCUGAGAUCGAGGUGCUGGAGUCGAUCUACCUGGACGAGCUGCUGGUCGACCGGAAGCCAGACGGAGACUGGGAGGUGAGCCUGGUCCUGUACCCGUCCACUGCGGAGGACUCUGUCUCCCAGUUCGUCCGUCUCACCUUGACGCUGACCCUGGAUCAGCAGUACCCGUCGUCCUCUCCAGACAUCUCCAUCCACAACCCACGAGGCCUUUCUGACGACAAGAUCAGCAGUGUCCAAAGGUGUCUUCAGUUGGAGGCUCAGUCCUGUCUGGGUUCACCGGUGUUGUAUCAGCUCAUUGAGAAAGCAAAAGAAAUCCUGACUGAAAGCAAUAUUCCUCACGGGAACUGUGUGAUAUGUCUCUACGGCUUCAAGGAGGGAGAGACCUUCUCCAAGACCAGCUGCUACCACUACUUCCACUCCCACUGCCUCGGCCGCUACGCCAGCCACUCGGAGAGGGAGCUCCUCCAGAGGGAGAAGGAGUUGGAGGAGGACAAGACCCGCGAGAGGGCGGACCACCAGGAGCUGACCGUGGUGUGUCCGGUGUGUCGAGAGCCUCUCACCUAUGACGUGGAUCAGCUGUUGCGUUGCCCCGCCCCCCAGCUGCCCGAGCUGGACGGAGCAGCCAUCGGCUCCACUUUUCAACACAAGUGGCGUAAACUCCAGAAGCUCCUGGAGAGACAGAAGUCUAGAGGCGGGAUCAUCGACCCGGAGGCGGAGUCCAAACGCUUCCUCAUCCACACCAACGAGACUCCAGCGCCCGCUGCUGAAAACAAAAACCUGGACUCCGACGCCCCCCUUGGAGCCCGGGUCCCCUCUGCCCCUCACGUUUCCUCCUGUGAUUCGGGACUCAGAGCAGACCAGUUUGUUUCUGGGCUGUCUCACUGCAGAGGAGGUCCGGGCCAGAGGCGUCAGGGCCCGAGGAGAGGGGGCAGGUCCAGACCACACCACCGGAGACCCCCCCAUGUUUCCGAGCACCUGGACCAACUGUCUCUGUCCUCAGACGGCACCGGAGGACCAAUGAAAGGCGGCGGGGUCCCUGCAGAUCCACCAGAGACCCCGCCGCCUGCAGACGGACGCGGCCCCCGAGGAAGCAGACGGGGUCCUCACAGACCCGACUCGGACGCCGGGGCCCGCGGGCGCCAUCACUGGGACGGGCGUGCUCCAAGGAGCAGAGGAGGGCCCGGUAGCCUGUACAGCAGAGGGGAGGGGGGCCCCCGCUGGGGCCACGCCGGGGGCUUCCAACACCAGGUGGUGGAGAGGAGAGGAGAGGAGGUGCUAUGACGAAGGGCAACCGGUGUGCUCCGCCUACAGACUGGCACCAGGACCACCUUCUGCUCCCGGUCUCUGGUGGUCACGCAGACUUUGACUGACAUUAGAGACACGUGGUGGUGGUGGUUGUUGUUGUUGUUGUUGUUUGUUGUGGUGCAAUAUGAGUUGAAAGGACUACAAAUAAAAUGUUCUGGCUGUCA